AUGAGAACUCAAGAGUCUGAGGGAGGGGAGGUCCCCGCCUUGGUCCUACAGCUCGGCAUAACUUUGGACUUGCAGGUUCCGUGGAAUAUCAUGACUUGCAUCACGCUUAUAUUCGUCUGCUGGACUUGCAUCCAGCAUGCUAAGACUAACAUUCUUUUUAUUGAUUACUUCAUCGGCAUGGCAAUUGCUGGCAUUGCUAUGGAUGCCAUACACAUGACACUGCUGGUCCGACCCCUUCACACCUUCCGUCAUCAGAAGCAAACACGGUCGGCGCACGAACUCCCUUGGUCCAAAAGGUUCAUCUGGGCUGCGCAAUUGUGUGGUUCACCCAGAGGAGUGGGCUGGAAUCAUCAAGUGAAAAACCUGCUUGGGCACUCCGCAAAAUCAAGACAGGAAUUUGUCCUUUCGCGUCUAAUGAGUGCAGCUAGGCACUUCUUGUGGUUCGACUUUGCACAAUUCUACAUAAGGCACAAUCCAGCAUAUAAGUCCGCUGCGGCGUUCGCAUCUCAAAAUUUCACCCGUCGCAUUCUGGCCUGUGGUGGAUAUUUAGUGUUCUAUUAUUGCUUGGGUGUUAUCAUCCAUUCAUUGAUGGCGGCUCUUGCUAUCAAGUAUACUUACCGUCAAUCGGAUCAGUUCCUGGUUCCCUUUGGCCAGAAGAUGGCAUCACUUCUUGGCUUCAAACCCGGAACAAACGGAUCGUCCUACACUCAAUUGUACACUGCCUUUUUCGUCUCUGGCAUUACUCAUAUAGGAGGCGACGCAGUGCUCAACUCCUCUCGCCUUGGCAUUUCGAGCCCUUUCUUCCUAUAUCAGGCAUUCGCCAUCACGUUUGAGGAUAUGAUCAUAGCUGCUGCUCGGCGUGCGGGAGUGACAGAGACGAAGUGGACGCGUAAGAUGGGAUAUGUGUGGGUCAUUUGUUGGUUUAUUGUUACUGCGACACCAUGGGUCACUGCUGUGGGCAUUGCUGGGGUAGAAGGUGGUGGGGCAGUGCUCCCCUCCAAUUUUUUUCUACCUUCGUUAUGCGACGUUCUCAUCAGAUAUGUGGGCAUUUGGUUGAGUUCUUGUAAGCUUAGGCAUAUCCGCUCUCUUUUAGUGCGCGUCGCAUGA